GUUGAAAAAUUAUUUGAGUGCACGGACUGGACUGUAUCAACCAACCAGAGAGUUAAGGUGUCUCACUUUGAGGCUUGGUAAAUUCAAGAUCAUACCUACAUUUGGUGGUUGCUACCACACUCGACCUCUGAAAGUGGCCCUCACAGUUCAUGCAUGCACUACCUCAUAGGCCUUGCUGACCUAUGGUGGCGGAUCUUGUUGAAUUAAAAUGAGUGAGGCCGAUCAGAGGCUGGAUGUGCCCACUCAGGGACAUGAGAUCCCCGAUUAUGUGUGCUGUGUGGUCACCGAGGGCAUUUGGACGUGGUUUGGUACCAUUCUCUUGAGUGCGAUCCUUCUGACAUUGGCGACGUUGAAGUACUGCAAGUCAAGAUUUAAGAAACCUCGGUUUCUGAUCAAGAACCAGAAUCUUUUGCUCAAGAGUGUCAUUGCAGAUGAUAAUGGGGCCACGAAGCGGAUCCCUGAAAGUGCCAUACGAACCGAAGAUUUCCCUCGGCAUUGUCUCAAACGAAGAAAACACCAAGUAGUCGACGACCUCGAGUUCGCCACGAUGACCAAGAGCUGCCAUUUCAGUGAUAUUUCGGUGGCCGUGAGACCAGAAAACGCCACCAAGAAUCAGAGUCUGAACUCUGUGCCUUUUGAUUACAAUCGAGUUCGACUCUUGGACCAAAGCGAGGACUACGUAAACGCUAGUUAUGUGGGCAAUUGCAUCAACAAGAGGGCCUGGAUCGUCAGCCAGGGACCCAUGGAGGGAACUUUCUUAGAUUUCUGGAACAUGGUUUGGCAAGAGAAAACCCCAGUGAUUGUGAUGCUGACGAAAACAUUCGAAUUCAUCAAAAUCAUGUGCUUUCAAUAUUGGCCGGCUCAUCUAAAUAUGUUGGACACUUAUGGGCGAAUUACAGUAACAUUGACUCAAGAGGAGAGUUACGCAAACUACAAGGUUCGUCAUUUUCUGAUGUGCAAUGGGAACGAAGCCAGAGUGCUCAGGCAAUACCACUAUACGGCUUGGCCCGUAAAUGCUCCCCCCCCACCCAACUCAAUCCUAAACUUCAGGCAAAGACUUCGCUUGGACAUGGAAUCGAUGGCCAUGACUGGGCCACCCGUUGUUCACUGUAGCGAUGGAGGUUCAAGAUCGGGUUGUUUUCUGGCCAUUGACGACAACCUCCUCAUGUCUGAACAAAGCCAUCAAAUCGACAUCUUCGGGACGGUCAAGCACUUGAAGGAACAACGAAAAUCUUUACUGACAUCCUCUGACCACGUGAGAUAUGUGUAUGAUGUGGUCGAGGAUUUCCUCCUUUGUGGUGACACAAAACUCUCGAUCAAGGGUUUGCUGCAAGAACUCAUUAACAAAUCUAAGAAGGACCCUCAAACUGGGUUCAAUACCUACCAGCGAGAGCAUGGCCUCUUGAAUUCCCUCCUGCCUCGGUUUUCGAUUGGAGAUUGCGCCGCCGGCCACCGUGAGGAAAAUCGCACAAAAAAUAGGAACGUCCUACUCGUGCCACCAGAUGAGAACAGACCCCGUCUAACCUCGUUUCAAGGAACUGAGACUUCGGACUACAUUAAUGCGGUGUUCGUGGACGGGUAUCGCAUGGCAAACGAGUUCAUAUGCACCGAAUGGCCCCUAAACAACACGAUCUCGAACUUUUGGUCAUUAGUGUACGAUCAGAACAUCAAGACCAUCGUCGUACUGAAUCACCCCAAAAGUAAUCAAAUGCAGAGCUACCCUGCGUUUUGGCCGAAGGACCGUGAUUUUGUUAAAAGCUACGGUCCAGUGUUCCAUGUGGAGAAUUCGGGGUGCCAAGACUUUGACGGUGGGAAAUUUUCAGCCUGGGACCUGCAACUCUUCAAGCAAGAUCUUGAACCAAAAACGAUGGCUAUGAUUUCUGAUCGCAAGGAUAUCUCCAGCCUCAACAAUCUCCUGUCGAACUUAAGAACUCCGGCCAAGCCACUCAAAUUAUUCCAGAUCCAUUGUUGGCCCCCUAAUCAACACGUACCCAAUUCCACUUUGGCUUUGGUGCAUCUGAUUGCCAAAGUGGACAAAUGGCGGGGGUCUGACUCGAAUCUAAUUCCGGAUGACAAGGUCUUGGUCAUAUCUCAAGACGGAUAUUCGAGAUGUGGGAUCUUUUGCACCACGGCCGCGUGUUUGGAACAAGUCUACCACCGCCAAGAAGUGGACGUGUUCCAAGCAGUGAAAACCGUACGUCAGCACCGUCCCCAGCUCGUGGCCAACACUAUGGAGUAUAAAUAUUGUUAUGAUGUGGUUCUCCAUUAUGUCAUGAACUACAUCAAACCCCACACGGUUCGGAAAUUCGAGACCGCCCGUAAAAAGAAAUGAUGCUAAGAUUUGAAGCACCCAUCAAAUUGAUGAUAGCCUUUAGUUUCUAAAACACUUUGGAACAAGUUACUUAGUUGUUGGAAUUGGCUAGUUUUUUACAUUUUAAUGUUUUAGCCAGCAUUUGAAUUUGCCACCAAAAUUUGCCUUGACCAAGUCGAGGUGUCUAUCAGAGAUAUAAAAAUGUCUAUGAGGAGAUUGAUUUCGGGCAAACGCUUCAGCGACGGUAAUUUGUGACAAGGCGGCCUUAAGUACAUGUAUUCGAAGUCUGACUUGAAGAUUCGUCUGGACGUGGCUCAUGGCAUGUGAAAACGACUAUUAUAUGCCUCAUAACACGGUCAGCCACAAUUCAGCUCUUCAGUGUCCUGCAAGUUAUCGUUUGUACUCAUUGGUAUUGACAAGCAGUUUUGACCGUAAUACACAUUGUAACCAUAACUUUGGAAGGAUGAUAGAUGUAUUAAUAUGUUCGACUUAGUGGUGGGUUAACUGCUCUGGAGCUCAGGUUUUUGCCCGGACUUAUUCAUGAUUGCCCGAAGAAAGUCUCUGAGUUGAUUAAACUCCAAUGCAUCCAUUUGACGCUGAAACAUAUUGGUCAUCAUUGCCAAAGAGUUUUGUAUCAAAUAAACAAAGGAUUACUUUGGUUCAUUGUUUAUUUCAUGAAAUAUACAAUAAAUGGCAAAAGUAUCAAAACGUUUGAACAUCAACUCAUUAUGCCACCAACAAAAUAGCUCCUAGGAUAUAAUUCUCAGAUAUAAUUUAGGGUGGAGAUCGCAUCUCUUCAAUGUGGUUUAGGCUCCUAGUUUGAGAGUUUGAGUUGGGGCUGUGCGUAUUUUGGUUCCAGUUUUUAUUUUGAAAACAAUCCGUUGGGAGCUUCAAAUGUUACUUCCAAAUGUUUGCUUGAUGUUUCUGAAGGAUGUAUGAUGGAAUACUGGUUCAUUUGAGAUGCACUCUUUUCUUGGCGAUGUUUGAUAUACGCAUUUACCCAUUUGCCCAAUCACUGAAUAUACAUCCUUACAAGUUUCA